AUGCAAAAGAAACGUGCUUCUGUUUGCCCUCAGCUGAAGGGGAACAAGAAAUUAAAUGAUAAACAAUUAAACGAAAACGGAGCAAUUGAAGGGAAAAUUACACACCUCUCCCUUUUCAACCUCUAUCCUUUUCUUUCUUUCAGAUUCUCUCUCCUAUGCCAUCUUUUUUGCUCUCUACCUACCCUUUUCUGCCAUAUUCUCUUUCUCAUCUAUUAUUCUCACUUUUUUCCAUUCAAUUUUCCAUAUUCCCCUCUUCUCCAUCUUUCACUCUCUUUUCUACCUUACACCCUCUCUCCUUGUCUCUAUUUAUCAGUUUUUAUCUCUCUCUCUACAUCUCUUACUCACUCCCAUUAUCUUUCAGAUCUCUCACUAUCAUUCUUAUCUUCCCCCUCCCUCUCUUGCUUUCUCUUUUUCCCCAUCUUUCACUUUUCUAUUUUUUAUGCCUUUCUUUUAAUCUAUCACUUUCUGUUUCUCUCCAUGUAUCUGCGACUCUCUCUCUCUCUCUCUCUUUCUCUCUCUCUCUCUCUCUCACUUUUCCUUUCCUUUUUCUUUCACUCGCAACACUUUCACUCUCUCAGUCCUUUGCAUUUCUUUAUUAUUUCAUUAUCACCAAAAUGCUUCAUUCUUAUUAUUGAGAUUCUUCGUUUCUUUUUAUUAAUAUCCUCCCUUCUUACUCAUCAUCAAAUCCUUUUUAUACUUUUUUUUUCUUUCUUUCUUUCUUUCUUUCUUUCUUUCUUUCUUUCUUCUCCACAAUGCCAUUUUAUGCUCCUUCCUUCCUUCCUUCCUUCCUUCCUUCCUUCUCUUCAAACCCAUUUAAUGGUUCUUUCUUUCUUUUUUCUUUCUCCACCUCAAGCUCUUCUUUCUUUCUUUCUUUCUUUCUUUCUUUCUUUCUUUCUUUCUUUCUUUGCUCUCCACAAAUCCAUUUCAUGCUCCUUCCUUCCUUCCUUCCUUCCUUCCUUCCUUCCUUCCUUCCUUCCUUCCUUCCUCAAACCCAUUUUAUGA